AUGGAAUGGCGGCAGAAAGCACUGGAAUACAGGCCUUUCCAGUCUGGUGCUUCUAUUAAAAUGACAAAUGCAGUCUGCAAUUCUUAUAACAAAUCCUGGGUGGUCAUAACUCAAUGCCGAUUGAAGGCCCUGCAACGGAACAAAACGAUCCUCAAUGUUGAUAUGGAUUUUAUUCAUCCGGUUAAUGACAUCGACGUGCGGAUUCAAAUUUUAAGAAAGGGAAACGGUUACAAGCCUUGGCUUUUCGAUAUUUCAUUUGAUGGCUGCAAGUUUAUGCGGAGGCCCAAUAAUCCCGCUGUUAAAACAAUUUUUUCAAUCUUUAAAGAGUAUACGACAAUCAAUCAUACAUGUCCAUAUGAUGGUCAUCAGGGAAUCAACAAAUUUUAUCCAAACAUCGAUAACUUUCCCAUCCCAUUUCCAACUGGUGACUAUUUAUUUAUUUUCGCCUUUGACUUUUUAAAGAAACGAACUUUUGAUGUUAACGUCUACUUUUCCUAUGUAGAAGACAUUUUAUAA